AUGCGUGUCCCGCUUCUGCUGGGCCUGCUCCACCGAGCCGCGCCCGCAUCGUUCGAGUAUGAGACCAUCGGCCUCCCGCGCUGCUCCAUGGCUGGUCCCGCCGGUGCACUACCCCCCUGCACCCACGCGCUUCGCAAGCCUGGCGAUGGUGGCAAGGCCAUGGGCGGCGGGCUCGGAAGGAACGGCCACUGCGCAGAUUGGGUGAGGCCAGGCUCGCUGGACGUGGCGCAGCUGGCGGAGAGCCUCGCACGGAAUCUAAGCUGGGACGAUGACGCCUUGCCGCUCGUGCAGGAGGCCAUGGCCGCCGCUCGUGACGAGGAUGGUGCGCACGCCGUCGCCCCGAACCGGUCGACAGCCUUUGCACCGCGGUCGACGGGCGGCAGCCUCACCCCCGGCGGUUCGUCGCGGGACUCGAUGGAGUUCUUACGGCGCUCCCUCCGCUGGCUAGCAGCGCGCCAGCCCGGGCAGCCGAUCCGCUCCGUGGAGACUGGGUUUGCUCUCGGCUACUCUGCGCUCGCGGUGGUGGGCGCGGCGUGCAAUGCCGGCAUCCAUCUCAAGCACAGCGCGAUGGACCCGUACCAGGGCGCGGCGUGGCGCGGCGUCGGGCAGAAGAGGCUGCAGUCCCUCGUGGGCACGUGCGCCUCCGAUGAGGUCAACUUCGAGCUCUUAGAGCUGCCAGCCUCGAUUGGCCUCGCGCGGAUGGUCGCUGGCGGCGAGUGA